CAAGAUGGAAGUUUCGCCUAAGGCGCAAAAUAUGCUUGCACCGGCCCUGGAUUUAGUUAAUGAUAUGCUUAACUCCUAGCCAGGAAUGAAAUGCAGAGGACAGGGUUGGGGCUUAGGAGCCAGAUCCACAAAGGUGUUAGGUGGCUAGCUUCAACUGAUCACGGCAUUAGGUGAGGAUCUCCACUCCUGAAGUUAGGUACCUAACCCAGGUCAGCCCUGUGACAUUGCACCCCAUAAGGCUUUAUGGAAAUAUGCUUAUGAAUGUACAUAUGACUUAACUGGAAUAUGUUUUAAGCUACAUAUGCCAUGUAACAUAUCUCUAUAAAGGUUAUGAUCUACUGAAUCUAUGCCUGCUAUUUGUAUGCAUGUAUCAUUUUUGUGUUCGAAGUUAUGAAUAUUGGCUGUGUACUUGCUUGAUUUCUAAGUAGCCUUAGUAAAGCAUUUGGUCAGUUUCUUGAAAAAGGAAUGUGCAAGUUAAGUGCCCAAUCAAGAAACAUUUAAUGGACAAUGGAUCUUGGAAGUCUCCAAUCCACAUAAGAAGUCUACUUGAGGAUGUUCAAGGUAGCAUGUGGGCAAUGACUGCUACCUGUAAGUUCUGUGUCAUGCAUGGACAUGUGACUUGCCCAUGUGACUCCAAAACUCCAGCUUGUAGAUGGGAUUCUAGCUAGGGGGAGGGAGGGGUAUCCACCCACAAGAUAAAGUCUGUUUAAACCCCUGUGAAACCCCUCCAUUUUGUUUCCAGCUGGCUCAAGAGGUAGCCUUUCCACUCCAAAGGAUACCUGAAAGAAACUGGAACAAAGGACAGUAACUACAGGGGUGUGAGUGAUUGCUGGACCCAGACUAGAAGGAGACUAGUCUGUAAAAGGAAGCUUACUGGAACGCCUCUGAGGCGGUUGUAGGAUACUGGAACUUCAGUGAAAGUGUACGACCCAAAGGAAUUAACUGGACACUACAGUAAUCAUGACAGAAGAAGUCCCGAUUGCAUCUAGCAUACUUGAGUACAAUGGGAAUGUACCACCUGAAAAAACUCAGCUGCAGGUCAUUGAUAUUAUUGACGAAAUAGCAAAAUCUGUUGGGACAGUUCCAUGUGAAAAUUCAGAAACCAGACCUGAAGCUCCACUUAAAAAGGAAAAUCAAGAGGAUAACAAGAAUUCAGUAGAGGACAACACAAUAUGUGGUGCUCUUGACGGGGAGAAGCAAUGCGAAGAAAAACAAGAGGAAAACAAUGCAACUCUAGAGGAGGGAUCAGCUGACAUCCCUUCCGAGAACACAAGAAAGGAUGAAGAGAAAUCAAGAGAAGGACCCUGUGAGGAGAUUAUUCCUGUAAGCACCAAAGAAUGUGAAAUAACUAGACAGGAGGAAAGGAACACAGAGCAACCUCAGGAAGAAACAGCUACUCAUGCUAAUGAGGCCAAGGAGUUCCAAACAGCAGGAGCCCAGGAAGAAGCAUGGAUGCUUGAACCCAAGAAGCAAAUUAAAGCUGAUACACAAUUAGAAGACAGAGAGAAUGCAGAGGAGGAGGAGGAGGAGGAAGCACAGCUGAUAGAAAGCAAGAAAGAAAAUGGUGGGCAGUCUCCUUUAAAGAAGCAAGAAAAUGACAGGGAGGAAUGCUCUCCUACCAGCCCCAGUUUUAACUUCCAGGGUGAGAAACCUGAGGAGCAGCCAGGCUCAGGGAAAAAAAAUGAUAUCUCCAGGCACAGUUAUUCUAGAUACAAUACAAUCUCCUAUCGCAAGAUCAGAAAAGGAAACACUAAACAAAGAAUUGAUGAAUUUGAGUCCAUGAUGCAUUUAUAAACUGAGGUGGGGAAUUUGCCUAAGCUGAGAGUGCAUUUUGUUUUUUCAAGACGUAUCGCUUCAUGUUAUAUCAAGUCAUCAUUAUAUCCUUUUUGUAUGUAAUUUCAUAAUAUACUGUGUAAAUUUAACCUCUGUAUUUCACUUUGAAAUCAUACAAAAGCAUCCAUAGGAGAAAAAUAAAAUCAGCAGUUUGCUAAAUAUAAUACAAGCUGAUUUAAAGUUUAUCCAUCCCCAUCUCCCUCGUCCUUGUUUUGUAACAAGAUUCAGGCACUAGAAAUUUUUGAACUAAUUGGAAAUUCUGUAGCUGCAUGCAGCAGAAAAUGACCCAUGCUAUUUGCCAUUCUGGUAAUUAGUUGGCAGCAGAACAGUUCCAGUAAAACUAGAGAGUGCAGUAAUGAUAAUAAAAGAAACAACUGUUUGCAACAGCAAUGCUUUCUGUUUUGAAAUCUGUUUAUGUUGGUGUCUUAUGGUGCACUAAAGCCGCCUUGUGCUAUCACUAGUCCGUUUCCACUUUGUGCUGAUGGAAUAAAGGGCUAAUUGCAUAAACACAUAAAUAUAGAUUAACAGAAAAUAAGCACAUAAUGUUUCAUUUGACAAAGGUUCCUUCUCUGGCCCACACCCUGGUAGUGCUCCUUAAUAUAUAACUUUAAUCUGGAAUGCACUGGUGUAAUUACAAACAGUUACAUCCAGCAUCUAAUACCAUUAGUAUCAUCUGAGGGCAUCUCUUAAUUUUUGGGUCUUAAUGGCUGGCACCACAUAUAAUUCAUUUUGUAAAUGUUGGCAUUUGCUGUUAAAAUGUUCAUGUUUCAAUUAAACUCAUUCUUGGGUUGAUAUAUUCUGAAUCUUUAGGAAAUAAACAAUAAUAUAUUACUUCAGAUCUGCACUAAAUGGUUUCAUUACAGUAAUAGAUAUUUUUGUUUCAGUCUAUAUAUUUUAGUUAAUAUGAUUAAGUUAAAUAUAAAAUGAAUACAAAAAAAGUUAACAUAAUUUUAAGCUAUAUGAGAAUAUCUCCAGUAACUAAAAGCAGCCUCUUUUUUGGUAAGUAUCUUUUCCCCUUUCCCAGAGAAUCAUUUCAUAAUAAAAUUCCUUCCUUAGUAGCCUGUGUCAGCUGUAGCCAGAGUAUCACCAGCUACUGUGGGAGGAGAUGUAAUUGUUUUCAAUUCAGAGGUUACAUGAACAUUAUCUCUCUCUCUCUCCCCCCCCCUCGGCCAAAAAAAAGGGGAGGGGAGGGGAGGAAAGCAUGCUGGCUAAACAUGAUGUGAAUGGUUAAUUUAUCCAUGAGCAGCUGUGGCAACUAAUAUCCAGACAGCUCAUAUGUAUCUUUUGUGAAUCUUCCAUCAGUUACUGGUAAAUUAGAUAAUUGCAUAGAUACUGUACCAUACAAAUUGAAGGUCAGCAUUUUAUACACGUACAUAUAUAUGGCACGUAUCAUGUGUUUGUGUCUGUCUGGCUACCUGGUCAAAACCCACAACACUGAAAAUCAGUACUCUUCAAAUGCUGCCAUUUUGGAUCCAAGUGUUUCUCUCAACAUUUCUUAUCAGUUUUAAAAAUACUCAAUAUUCUUUAAAUGCAGCUUAAAUCUCAGAUCUUAGUGAGAUUUUCAAAACCAGGCACAUCUGAAGCAUCAGCUGUUUUAAGUUGCCUGAGCACAUUUCAAUAUAUUUGUAAACUCUUGAAUAACUACAGUCUGCAUGAGCUGACAUUGCUCAAAUAUUUUAAAGAAAAAUUCACCUUGGGCUGAGACAAGCUUGGCAAAUUUCAUCCCAGAAGGAAUUUGUUUGGGAAAGUAGUCAGCAACAGAACAAGAGCGAGAGAGGAGGUUAGAAAGGAAGUUGGAACUCAGUGUUAAAGACAGGGGAAUCUACCACACCUGCUAGAAUAAUGGCUCUUUUAAUAACUAGUUUUACAUUUUCAGCAGCACCAAAUAUUGUUCUGAAUUUUUUGUCCUACAUAAAAGGCAAUUAUGUAUUGGCUAUAUGCAACAAAAAAAAUAAAAGACAAUUCUUCAUUGUACAAACAAAACACAGUGCUCAUUGUACUAUUCAGCCUUGUUUAUUUGCUCUUUGAUUUGUGAAAACCCAGUGGUUAGCUCUUAUGAAGUUGUACUGCUGUUUUAUUAAAAAAUAAGAUAAACCAGACUUCAUUCCUGGACAUUCAA